CUCCGCGCGGCAGUAGCGGCGGCGGCGGCGCGGCUGGAGGGCGAGCGGGGCUGGCCGGCUGGCGGGCGGGGGCGCUGGGCCGCGGCGGGGCUCCCGCCCGAGGAUCCGCGGAGCGUCUCGGACCGCGAAGGCCGGCGCGAGGAGCGAGCGAGCGCGGGCGCCCACGAGCGCGGAGCGGGCAGCGGGCGGAGCGGGCUGGGAGCCCGGGUCUCCGCGGCUCGGGACCGGGUGGCGGGGGCGGCGAUGUUCCACUGCAUCCCCCUGUGGCGGUGCAACCGUCAUGUGGAGACCAUCGACAAGCGCCACUGCUCGCUGGUCUACGUGCCCGAGGAGAUCUACCGCUACGCCCGCAGCCUGGAGGAGCUGCUGCUGGACGCCAACCAGCUCCGCGAGCUGCCCGAGCAAUUCUUCCAGCUAGUCAAAUUACGAAAGCUUGGACUUAGUGAUAAUGAAAUUCAGCGGCUCCCUCCAGAAAUAGCAAACUUCAUGCAGCUGGUGGAACUUGAUGUGUCCCGAAAUGAUAUUCCUGAAAUUCCAGAAAGCAUCUCAUUCUGUAAAGCACUACAGAUAGCUGACUUCAGCGGAAACCCACUGACUAGAUUACCUGAAACCUUUCCUGAAUUACAGAACUUGACAUGUCUUUCUGUAAAUGACAUCUCAUUGCAGUCCCUGCCUGAAAAUAUUGGCAAUCUUUAUAACCUGGCUUCACUGGAACUAAGAGAGAAUCUUCUUACAUAUCUUCCUGACUCUCUUACCCAGCUACGGAGACUAGAAGAACUUGAUUUAGGAAACAAUGAAAUAUAUAAUUUGCCAGAAUCAAUUGGAGCUCUCUUCCACCUAAAGGAUCUCUGGUUGGACGGAAAUCAGCUGUCAGAAUUACCUCAGGAGAUAGGAAAUCUGAAGAACCUGCUGUGCUUAGAUGUCUCUGAAAACAGGUUGGAAAGACUUCCUGAAGAAAUCAGUGGCCUGACUUCAUUAACGGAUUUAGUCAUUUCCCAGAACUUACUAGAAGCGAUUCCGGAUGGCAUCGGAAAACUGAAGAAACUGUCGAUCUUGAAGGUGGAUCAGAACAGACUCGCACAGCUGCCUGAGGCCGUCGGGGACUGUGAAAGCCUCACGGAACUAGUUCUCACCGAGAACCAGCUCCUGACCUUACCUAAGAGCAUUGGAAAACUUAAGAAGUUGAGCAACUUGAAUGCAGACAGAAAUAAAUUAGUGUCUUUACCAAAAGAGAUUGGCGGGUGCUGCGGCCUCACCGUGUUCUGUGUGCGUGACAACAGACUAAGCCGGAUACCUGCAGAGGUGUCGCAGGCCACAGAGCUUCACGUCCUGGAUGUGGCAGGGAACAGGUUGUUGCACCUGCCUUUAUCCCUAACCACCUUGAAGUUGAAGGCUCUGUGGUUAUCUGACAACCAGUCCCAGCCUCUGCUCACGUUCCAGACAGACACAGACCACGCCACAGGAGAGAAGGUUUUAACCUGCGUCUUACUUCCUCAGCUGCCUUCUGAACCUACCUGCCCAGAGAACCUGCCUCGCUGUGGAGCUCUGGAGAGCUUGGUGAAUGAUGUCUCUGAUGAGGCCUGGAAUGAGCGUGCAGUGAACAGAGUCAGUGCAAUCCGAUUUCUGGAAGAUGAAAAAGAUGAGGAAGACAACGAAACGAGAACGCUUCUGAGGCGAGCCACUCCACACCCGGGGGAGUUAAAGAAUAUGAAGAAGACGGUGGAGAGUUUACGGAACGACAUGAAUGCUGCUAAAGGACUGGAUUCAAACAAAAACCAGGUCAAUCAUGCCGUUGACCGAGUGACCACUUCUGUGUAGAACGUCACCUCCGGGCUUUACCUCCCGUGUCUUCCCCUGCUGUUGAGAUGUUCCCGUCGACUUCUGAGGAGCCUCCUGCAGUCCUUGGUCUUCAGUGGAACCUGCACACCGUGUCCCCAAGUGACGCAUGGGGACGCUGCCCUCUCCGAGGAAGUGCCUUACUCAGAUCUGUCAACCAGACUUUGCACCCGUGAUCUCCUGGCGCGAUUUUUUUCUCCCUAAAUUUCCGCUGUUUGUAAUAAGUAGAAUACACUACUGUAAACAUCUGACCUUUGUUUUUGUCUUAUGUUGAGGUACGGGAGAGCAGGAAGGGGAAUUUUUAUCCUCCUCCCUCCCAUCAAAUGCUGGGACAUUUUGAACCCAAGUUCUCUUGGACCUACUGAUGAGAGAGAGUUUUAUGUAUGGGGAAAAAUUGAUACUUUUUUUUAAACCUUUCUUUGGCAGCUCAGAUGGUGUAAAUUUAAAAAUUUUGUAUAGGUAUUUCAUAACAAAAAAUAUGUAUUUCUUUUUUGUUUUAUCUUGAAAACGGUACAUAUUUUAGUAUUUGUGCAGAAAAAAAAAACAGUCCUAAAGUAUGUGUUUCUAUUUGUACCAUCCACUUGUGCCUUACUGUAUCCUGUGUCAUGUCAAACUGGCUGUACACAGUGGCAUCCUUGAGCAGUGAGAUGAGACCAGGAAUGUGGUACUUUUAAAGCAGUGUUGGAUUUUAAUCAGUAAUCUACCUGGUGGAUUUGUUUUUAACCAAAAACAAGAGUUAUCACCGAUUUGUAAAUUAUAUCAUUUGAUUUUUUUUUUAAAAGAUGAACCAAAGGGUUAGACUGCUAACGUUUCAUUUCUUACACUUUAACUUUUCAUGAAUGAGUUUCUUAAUAAUGAGUACAGUGUCUGAUUAUACCUACUCAGAAGGUAUGUGCCAUUUGUAAAAUAAAAUAGAGCAGAAAAGCACAAAAAGAGAAAACUGAUUCAGAAAUUUGGUGGGUAAAAUACAUUAUGUACUGCAAAAGAAAGAAUGAUUUUUAUUGAAGAAAGUUUUAAAAGUUUUAUAUCGAGAUAUAAAACCACAAUAAAGCAAAAUAACCUGCAACCAUAUUAGAAAUGUUGCUAUCUUUACAAGUGCAAUUUAAUUUGUAAAUAGAGUUUGAAUCAAAGUGUAACAAAAUAUUGCUUCAAGUUUUAAUUUUAAAUCUGCUAAUUUAAGGGAUGUGGGAUAUGUUCUGGUGUGUUUCUAUUGAUUUCCUUUUUUUUGUAUGAUGUGAUAAAAGAAAUGAACGGUGCCAGUCACUGUGGUGUCGAGGAAAACCACGUGGUUGGUUUCUUGUUUUCUCUCCAUGAAAUAAAGUCACCCUGGACAUUAGCCAUACAGCUCUUUAAAAUUAA